GGACGCUACAUGACACUAGGAGUCUUGUUUCACGUCGCAAAGUGUUCGCUGGGUGCAGGUCUGGUUGAUAAUUGAGAUGGUCGUUGCCAAACUUAGUCGAGAUCUAUAUGGCCCACCAUGUAGAAGAGCUCUGAGACCAACCAUGCAUUGACCGUGGCAGUCGGUCUUCGUAAAUUGAUAUGGUAUUACAGCUACCCACUCGUCGCAACAUGAUACCCCAUGGUUGGAAUAUGUUCGGCGAGAGGCUACAAGCAAUAAUGCUCCCCAUUAAUGAAUGUCACUCGGAGGUUCUUGUCCAUUUUAAUAUGAAGCGUACAAUCUAAGCAGUUGAAGCCUUGAUAUACAGACCAGAAACUGGUCUUCUGCCAAACCCAUGGUGAUAUAAAAAAAGGCAUUUAGUCACAAUUAGCGGCAAGAUUCGUGUCCAGUGACAUCCUUCACUAUUCGAACUCCUCUAAAUCUUUUUUAGGCCACCCCGCUAAACAACUUUAAUUUAAGGAGGAUGGGGAAGAAUGAUCGAUGGUACCUUUUAUGGUUCAAAGAUAUAUAAGACAAGUUCAGACGCCAUGAUCUGAAAAAUCACUAACAUUUACAUCACAUCCAUUCUUUAAACAUGAAGGGCCAUCAAGUCCUCAGUGUCGUUUCGGCGCUUUCAUUCUUUACCAGCGGCCUUUGUGCCAGUAAUUCCACCACUACAUCUACUUCUUCAUCAGGUCUCCUUUCAGAUGGCAACGUAAACUUGGGGGCUGCCUCUGAUGCCUACGAGAAAGCUGUUACUUUCAUAUCUUCUUUGACCAACGCCCAGAAAAUCGCCAUCAUCACCGGCCAGUCCAUCGAUAGCGACAACGUAACAUGGACUCCCUUAGCAUCGAAGGAUGGUGCAGUUGGAAUUAACAUGAACUUUUUCGUUUCAGGUUUCAGCACACCUCAGGCUGUGAGCAUGACCUGGAAUCGUACACUGUUUCUUGAAAACUUUUCAGCCCUUGGAAAGGAGUUCUAUGCUAUAGGUGCAAGUCUGGCAGAUGGGCCUAUCUCUAGUCCAAUGGGACGUGUAGCUUAUGGAGGCCGUAAUGGUGAAGGAUUCGCAGCUGACCCAUACUUGAAUGGUAUCGCCAUGGGAAAAGCUAUUUCUGGCAUAAACAGUGCUGGUGUUGUCACGGCUGGUAGACACUUUCUCUUCAAUGAACAGGAGACGAACCGAUCUUCUACCAACAGAUAUUCGAGCAACGUAGAUGAUAAGACAACUCGUGAAGUCUACCUCUGGCCCUUUGCUGACGCUGUCAAGUCCGGAAUGAUGGCUGCUAUGUGUGCUAUGAACAAGGUCAACAACACCCUUUCUUGCGAAAACUCCGAACUCCUCAACAACUACUUGAAGACUGCCAUUGGUUUCCCAGGUAUGGUCACUCCUGACCAAGGUGCUCAAUCUACCUCUUUCGGCUCCGCCAAUGGUGGUCUGGACUAUGGAUCAUCCUCAUUAUGGUCAGAGGAAAUUCUCGAAGCUGGUAUCGCCAAUGGAAGCUUUACGCAAGAGAGGUUAGAUGAUAUGGCUGUUCGCAAUGUCAUCGGAUACUACUUUGCUGGCCUUGAUGAUGGUCUUAUUCCUUCGGAGACGGGUUACACUGAUUAUCGUGAUGUCCGUGAAGAUCACGCCGAUGUGAUAAGACAGGUUGGCGGUGAGGCACUUGUCCUUGUCAAGAACACUCAAGAUGGUACGGGUCGAGGUUUACCUUUGAGUAAGCCUCGCACCAUCUCUCUUUUUGGAGCCCAUGCUGGCCCUGCUAUGGCUGGUCCCAACCGAGCUUUCAGUGUUCAAGGAACUCCUGCCGAUACCUACCAAGGUCAUCUUGCUGGCCCUGGUGGAUCUGGUCAGCCAUCGCUCUCGUAUCUCGUCACUCCUUUUCAGGCCAUCAGCGCUCGUGCAAUUGCUGAUCGAUCGAUGAUUUGGUGGGUUCUCAACAACACAUACACAGACACUUCUAGUUCGUCUGGUGGUAUGGGUGGCGGUAUGGGUGGCGGCUUUACUGGAGGUGGUAUGCCAACUACAAACGAUAACAGCACCGGUACGACAGCCACAACCGGUACUUCUCCCGGAAAUAGUAGCUCCAGCUCCAACUCCAGCUCGAGUUCCGGCCCCGGUUCUAGUUCCGGUUCCACAAGUUCUGUCAAUCUCGGUAACUUAGGCUCAGGCACAGCAUUAUCCCCUUCCAUUUCAAACUAUGCUUUGAACUCUGCAGUCUGCCUCGUUUUUAUCAAUGCAGACUCUGGAGAGGGUGCUGACCGUAGUGAACUCUCCAAUGAUGAGCAGGAUACUAUGGUCACCACAGUUGCCGACAAUUGUAAUAACACCAUUGUGGUUGUAAACACUGUUGGUCCACGAAUCCUAGAUGCUUGGAUCGAGCACGAGAAUGUCACUGCGGUUCUUUACAGUGGUCUUUUGGGUCAAGAAUCUGGAAACGCGAUUGCCGAUGUCCUUUACGGUGAUGUAAACCCUAGUGCCAAGCUUGGGUACACUCUUCCUAAGAAUGCCACCGAUUACCCAUCCGAGUUCGACGUUUGCGAAGAAGAGCAAUGCGACUACACUGAGGGAGUAUACCUCGACUACCGUUACUUCGACUCCAAGAACAUCACCGUUCGUUACCCAUUCGGAUACGGUCUCUCCUACACCAACUUCACUUACAGUACCGAGGUUACUGCUACCAUUGUCAAUCAAACUGCUCUUACAUACAAGUACGCCUCAGGGCAGCUCGGUCUUGGUGGUGAAGCUGAUCUUUGGGAUGAUGUUCUUAAUGUUACUACCAGUGUCUCAAACAGUGGUACUGUAGCUGGCGCUGAAGUUGCCCAACUCUACAUUAGCUUCCCCGAUGAGGCUGAACAACCCAUUCGCAUCCUUCGAGGCUUCGAAAAGGUCAACAUUGCCCCUGGAGAGUCAGCAGAUAUUGCUUUCAGCCUUCGCAGACGUGAUAUUAGUUAUUGGGAUGCCACAGCUCAAGCCUGGGCCAUCGCUUCCGGCGACUACACUAUCACUGUUGGUGCUAGCUCGAGAGACUUGAAGGCUAGUACUAAAUUGACCCUUACUAUUGGUUCCACUAGUACCUAGUAAUGUGCUUGAUGUAUAUAGUAGGGCUCUUGCCCCCUAAUAAAUUCUUUCUUAUUUGUAUAUAGAAUUGAGAGCAUGUAGAUAGCGAGGAAUAAAUUAUAGAUAUUAUAUUAGGUUUCA